GACACGGAAAAGCCCUCUGCGUGAGUGCAUCUAAAACUCAUGCGGAAGUCUUAACACCAAUGGAUAACACGAAGCAGAAAAGCACGUUAGUAUAGGGUGGAAUGGAAGAAAUCCAGUGGGCUACUGGGAACUCCAGACAGGAUGACGACUCUCUUAUAGAAGGCAUCAGCAACCAGGUUCUUGCAGCAGUUGUCCUCAGCUUUACAUUUCUGGGUGGACUUGCAACUUUGCUGUACAGCAGGACUGAGCAACAAAACAUCCAUCCUGAGAACCAAGAACGUGUGAGAGCCAUUAGACAGCAACUUCAGUCAGAGCAGGAUGCUGGUGCAGAGUCCCGGCACCAAUUCUACACCGACAUGUCCUGUCCAGUAUGUUUACAGCAGGCCUCUCUGCCUGUUGAAACCAAUUGUGGUCAUCUCUUCUGUGGAUCCUGCAUCAUUGCAUACUGGAGGUAUGGGUCAUGGCUUGGAGCUAUUAAUUGUCCCAUCUGUAGACAAAUGGUAACUUUACUCUUCCCUUUGUUUCAUGAGCAUGAUCUACCAGCGCAAACCCAAGAGGGGCAGCCCGAGGCAGGGCAAAUACUUCAGGAUGUCUAUGACUAUAACAGGAGGUUUUCUGGACAGCCCAGAUCUCUGAUGGACCGUAUCAGAGAUGUUCCCACGCUUCUGCGUCAUGCCUUCAGGGAGAUGUUCUCCGUAGGAGGACUCUUCUGGAUGUUCCGGAUCCGGAUCUUGCUCUGCCUGAUCGGAGCUUUGACCUACCUUGCCUCUCCACUGGACUUCAUUCCCGAGGCGCUCUUUGGAAUCCUGGGAUUCAUGGAUGACCUGUUUGUCAUUCUGCUGCUCUUCAUCUAUAUCUCCAUCAUGUACAGAGAAGUGGUGACGCAGAGACUGGUUGGGUGAUGCCACCGUCCGCAAGACCUCUUCAGGUUGAGGAGAUGUGUCAAACCAGAGUUACACAUACAGUAUGCUUCCUCUCCAAAAUCAAUAAAAAAAAAAAUCAGGCUGUUCCACCACUUGCAGCUUCAUAAGCGUUCUUUUUAAACUAACAUACUAAUGUAAAUUUUUGCAGGCUAAAAUUUAAUCAUCACUGCAAUUUAAGCAGCCACAGUUAAAGUGAGACUGUUAGAGGAAACACAGGAGAUUUCUUUCACCCAAAUUUCAAAGUCUCUUCUUUGCUUGCAGUCUGUAUUGAUAUAGACAGUUCAGUUUCACAGCAGUUAAAACUGCAAUUGAAUAUUCCUCAUGGCUACUUUCCCCCCUCCUUGCUCUCACAUUGUAAUUGCCUGUGGAGUUUUACGGGAUAAAAUAAAAAAAAAAUGGAACAUGA